AUGGCCUGGGAGACCGCCCCGGAAGUGGUGAUACCGGAGGCACUGACCGAGUCCGGACCCGUGCUGACCAACUUCCACCGUCCCGAGGACACCAAGGAGGCCGUCGAGAGGGCCCUGUACGCCAUCCUGGGCCACGGUGCCUUUCAGCGACGCAUCAUGGCGUGCAGCCUGCUCUCCAUGGUGGUGCUGCUCUGCCACUCGCUCGCCUACCGCGCCAUCGCCAGCCCCGUCGACCACUGGUGCGCCCGGCCCGCCGCCUUCGACGCCAUGCCCGCGCAGCUCUGGAGGAACGUCGCCAUACCGGUCGAGUCGGAUGGAAGCUUCAGCCAGUGCACCGUCUACGACCCGCCCGUGCCCGCGGACGAUACGCUCAACCACACGCGGCGCGCCGUGCCCUGCGAGAGCUGGGAGUACGCGACGGCCUUCCGCAACCGGAGCAUCGUCAGCGAGUGGGACCUGGUGUGCGAGCGGCGCCGCCUGGUGCAGCUCUCGUCUGCCGCGUACAUGGCCGGCGCCAUGCUGUGCGUGCCCAUCGUGGGCCUGCUCUCGGACCGCGCAGGCCGCAAGCCCGUGAUCACCGGCUCCGUGAGCGCGCUCAUUCUCGCCGCCAUUGUGUGCAGCACGACGCACAGCUUCGUCGUCUUUGUGCUCUCCAGGAUGGUCGUGUCGGCCACGAGCAGCGCUGCCCAGGUUCUGAGCUUCAUCCUCCUGUACGAAGUGACGGGGCCAGACAGGCGAGCCGCGUGCGCGCUGCUGGCCACCGGCACAGGGAUCAUGCUGAUGCCGGUGGUGCUCGAGCUGCUCGCCGCUGCCCAGUUCAGCUGGCCGGCCACCCAGCUUCUGCUCCUGAUGCCCACCGUCUCACUCGUCUACUCCCACUACCUGCUCGAGGAGUCCCCAUCGUGGCUCCUGGCCACGUGGCGACUCAAGCGGGCCGAGGAGGCGCUGCUCGUGGCAGCACGGCGGAACGGCCUCGUGGCCGAGAAGGCGGCUCGCUUCUUCAGGAAGCUCAAGGCCGAGAUGAGACGCCACGCGCACGCCCACCUGGCCGCCUCGGCAGCCGAAGCGAACCAAACUGAUGCCAACAGGACGGCCGGCAGCGACCGCGUGGUGGCUGAGUUUCUGUCCGGCCGGCGGGCCGUGUCCGUAUUCCUGGCGUGGUUCACCGUCAUGUUCUGCUACUACGGCAUCCAGUUGGCGGACCAGGACUCCGAUGGCGGCGUCGACAUCUGGCUACGCUGGGACGACGUGGCCUACGUGGUGACGCUCGCUCCUCUUAUCGCCGGCACCUAUGCAGGCAUGCUACGCUACGGCCAGCGGCGCACCUUCACCAUACUGCUGGCGCUGGUGUUUGAGGCCUCGGCGCUGCUGGUGCUGGUGCCGCUGACGGCGGAGCGCGACUGGCUGCCCUCCGCGCUGGUCAAGGUGAGCGCGCGCGCCGUCACGGCCGCUGCCACGAGCGCCAACUACCUGUACACGGCCGAGGCGUUCCCCACCACAGUGCGCAGCACGGGACUCACGGUGUCGUACGCAUCGGGACGCGUCGGCGCCAUCUUCGCCACGUCCCUCAUGUCGGUGCAGGUGAGGAAGUAUGGAAGCGCGUCGUCGGCUGAAGGGAAUGGCGAGGGGGUCUCGUACACGGUGCCGUUCAUGAACGUCGCCAUGAUGCUCCUGGCGUUCGGCACCGUGGUGGCCGUGCAGACGGCGCCGGAGCCGGCUGCGCAAGCCAGGAAAGGCGGCAACGCACCCGCGACCGGAGCUCCCUCCAGCGGCAGCGCGGCCGUCGAGGGCUCCGAGGCACGGGCUCAGACGACGGAUCGCUUCGCGGCUGCUUGGGACGUGGCGCACGACAGCACGGCGCCGAUGAACAGCACGCUGCCGCGCACUUCUACGCAGCUGCAGCAGAGCGGCUCCAUCGAAGCCAAGGACGACAGCAUCGGUUCAGUCUCGGGUGGCGUGCCGUUCGACGCGAACAUCUGGAAACUGCCGGACGAAUUCUAG